AUGGAAUAAAAUCCUGUUCCUAUCUUUGAAUAGACAAAGGAUAAAACUAAGUAAAGAAAAGCUAUUGAUUAAGAGAUAAAAACAAAGCUUAUAUUGAGUGUGGUUAAUGAUCGCCUUCCCAUUUAUUAGGCAGCUAUUCUCCAUAAGGUUAAAUAUUCAUCUGCAAAACAUAUCCUCAGAAAUUACUUCAAUGACUCAGCUAACUUUUUCUCCACCCAAAGAAAGAGAAAGCGAAAAAUACUCUGCAAUAAUGUCUUUGUUUUAAUUGACGCAUGUUCUGGAAAAAUCAGUAUCAGGAAACAGUAACCUCAUUCGAUGUCCUGUGCUCACAAUGGAGUGACCCCAGUCUUGCAAUAAAAAUUCAUCAGCCAACUCUCUAAUGCCAUCUAUCAAGAAGUUCAUCCGAUUUAAAAAAAACUCAGCAGAUACACAAAUGAAGUCGAUCAUAUUCAAAAAGACUUAUAUAAGUUAUAUGAUAUCAUAAAAAGGCAGCAUAACGACAUGACGAAUUUAAAGGAAUAAUAUUGA